ACACGCUAUUGCAACUUUGCAAGUGCAAGUUCACAGCGCAGUGCCGCCAUGGAGAGCAUCAACGUAGCACCAGGAACAACCGCUACGCCUCGCAUGGCGCCGCCGCCGCCGCCGCCGUGCAUCACCAACCUCCAGAGUACCCUUCGCUACAACAACCUGCUCUUGCACCGCAAGACGAAGGGGUGGAAGCCGCGGAACGUGUCCUGCAGGGUCGACCGCCGCGACGUGCUCCUCGGCAUCAGCGGCGCGGCCGCCAUGGUGGCCACGCAGGGCGGCGGCGGCGCGCUCGCGGCGCCCAUCCAGGCCCCGGACCUCGGCGACUGCCACCAGCCCGUGGACGUCCCCGCCACGGCGCCGGCGAUCAACUGCUGCCCGACGUACAGCGCCGGCACCGUCGCCGUCGACUUCGCGCCGCCGCCGGCGUCCUCGCCGCUCCGCGUGCGGCCGGCGGCUCACCUGGCGGACAGGGCGUACCUGGCCAAGUACGAGAGGGCCGUGUCGCUCAUGAAGAAGCUCCCCGCCGACGACCCCCGCAGCUUCGAGCAGCAGUGGCGCGUCCACUGCGCCUACUGCGACGGCGCGUACGACCAGGUCGGCUUCCCCGGCUUGGAGAUCCAGAUACACAGCUGCUGGCUCUUCUUCCCAUGGCACAGGAUGUACCUGUACUUCCAUGAGAGGAUACUGGGCAAGCUGAUCGGCGACGAGACGUUCGCGCUGCCGUUCUGGAACUGGGACGCGCCGGACGGCAUGUCGUUCCCCGCGAUGUACGCCAACAGGUGGUCGCCGCUGUACGACCCGCGGCGCAACCAGGCUCACCUGCCACCGUUCCCGCUCGACCUCGACUACAGUGGAACCGACACGAACAUCCCGAAAGACCAGCUGAUCGAUCAGAACCUCAACAUCAUGUACCGCCAGAUGAUUUCGGGAGCUAGGAAGGCGGAGCUGUUCAUGGGGCAGCCGUACCGCGCCGGCGACCAGCCGGAGCCGGGGGCGGGCACCGUCGAGAGCGUGCCGCACAACCCCGUCCACAGAUGGACCGGCGACCCGAGGCAGCCGAACGGCGAGGACAUGGGCAUCUUCUACUCGGCGGCGCGCGACCCGGUGUUCUUCGCGCACCACGGCAACGUCGACCGCAUGUGGCACAUCCGCCGCGGCCUCCUCUUCCCCGGCGACACCGACUUCACCGACCCCGACUGGCUCGACGCCAGCUUCUUCUUCUACGACGAGGAGGCCCGCCUCGUCCGCGUCCGCGUCCGCGACACCCUCGACCCGUCGGCGCUGCGCUUCACGUACCAGGACGUGGGUCUCCCGUGGCUGAACGCCAAGCCGUCCACGGGAGCAGCCAGCACGCCGGCGCCCGCGGCCGGCGCGUUCCCGGCGACCCUGGACAAGACCGUGCGGGUGGCCGUGACGAGGCCCAGGGCGUCGAGGAGCCGCGAGGAGAAGGAGGAGGAGGAGGAGGUCGAGAUCCCCGACCACUCCACGUACGUCAAGUUCGACGUGUUCGUGAACGCGCCCGAGAGCGGGGACGGCGCGGCGACGUGCGCGGCGACGUGCGCCGGCAGCGUCGCGCUGGCGCCGCACGGGAUCCACCGCGAGGGGCAGCUGUCGCCGAGGAAGACGGAGGCGAGGUUCGGCAUAUGCGACUUGCUGGACGACAUCGGCGCCGACGGCGACAAGACGAUCGUCGUGUCGAUCGUGCCGAGGUGUGGCUGCGAUUCGGUCACCGUCGCCGGCGUCAGCAUCGGCUACGCUAAGUGAAGCACAACGUGAACCGUGGACGUAUAUUUAUCAUCUAUACAUGUGAACCCAGAUGGAGAGACGGAUUUGUGUUUGAUAUGUGUGUGACUAAUGAUUGUAUACAAAAUAAUGCCAGUAAUAUAAUGAGCAUGGAUGAUAUUGGCUUAAAAA